UUUAUUAGAAACUGGAUCGGGGUGUUAUUUUUGAGUAUACCGGAAAAUGAAACAGAUAAAAUGUAAAAAACAACAACCAAAUGUUACAAAAUUAUUUGUAAUUGGGAAAAAAUAUUUAUAACACAAUUAUUUUCAAGCACUCAAGCGAUAACUUAACUUCAUAUUUGAUUUGUGUCAGGCUGUUCCGAAUAAUUAACACGUUUAGCCGAAAUGGCAACCAAAUAUGGUUCUAGACCAACUGGCACAGAUGGGAGUGAUUUUUGGCACAGGGAGAGUGUCGCUUACAGACACAAAAUGAGUUCCAUAAACAAAGCCAGGUUGAAAAUGGAUUUAAUGUUGCAAAUUGUUCUAUGUGUUCUGAUGACAGUUAGAAUCCUUCCAGCUUUAGUUUCAUUUGUUGGUGUUGGACCAGUUAAACAGUUACGCAAAUGGGAUCUGCCUGCUCCAAGACCUUGGGAAUACAUGUGGAGCAUCAGCAUCAUAGCAGCAGUAUUAGGACUUAAAUCAAUACCUAAAAAUGAAGGCUUUCUGUUAAAGCAGUACAUGAUUGGAACAGUUGUAUUUGGACUUUUACCAAUCAUUUAUGGCAUUGUUGACCAAAUAGAUGAUUUAUAUGCAUAUUUAAAUGAAAAAAGAUGGAGUGCACAGUUUUUUGGAUAUCCAGCUGUAAUUGUAUGGUUUAUGUUUUUAACAGCUGCUAUACAGCUACAUGGAUUUGGACUUUAUUUUUCAAUGCAACUUUUGAAAUCCUGGAAGAUAAACAGAACAGACAAAAAGUUGCGUUAACAUGAGCACAGUUCUAGCAUAUAUAUAUUAAGUUAUAGAAUGUAUUACAAACUAUGGUGCCAUUUAGAUAUCUCUGAAUGAUCUUUUUCUCCCUGGUUGUUAAUAACAAAAGUUUCUUUUCAAAGUUUUAAACAUAAAUGUAUUGUAUUUAAUGUUUGUUCACAAAAGUCAAAUGUACAAACUAAAAGAAUGUUUAACUGCUGUCCUAUGUCUUACUAAAGACAACAUUAAAGUUUAUGUUUUCAGUAAUCUUAGAAAAUAAUGACAUGACCUGUUAAACCCCCAAGCGGUUGUAUUAAUGCCAUUUAGACUAUUCCAAUUAUUUAUAUUUAAGCACACCUACAUGUACAUCAUUUUACAUGUAACUCCUUUAUACAGAUAUACACAUUUAUUUAAUGAGCUUCAUUAAAGUAUUCCAGUUAUGUUUUGUUUACAUAUUGAUGUACUUAGUUAUUUGUUUAUUUGACUGAAAUUUUAUGUAUAAUACUUUAUCAUGGAACUAUGGGCUGUAUAACUUAGGUGUGGAAAAUACAAAUGUACAUUGACUGAUCUUCAUUUGAUAAUUCAACUGUACUUAUUGUUAUUUGUUUAGUUAGCAAUUUGUUCUUUUUAAAACGAGCAAUUUGUAAUUUUUAAAUUUGUAUAUCAUGUAUAUGUAGCAUGUCUAUAUGCAGUGAUUUUGAUAGUGCUCGUCAUUUUUCAUGAUUUACAAAACUGUUUUCAAGUAUAGUCGCCGUCACGUAAAAUUGGCACCAUAAUUUUUGUCAACAUUUUCUUAAAUAUCAACCGCGUUUACUCCAGAUCAUUUUUUGAUUGGCGGAAUAAACAUCCAAUCCAAUUAUACAAAUUGAAGUUUUUAACGACCUUGACUGGCUAUACAGCCCUUGCACGGUCGGAUACUACUGUCCUACCUUUUAUUGUGUUUGCACAGUAUAAUCCUGACCUUCACAAAAUCCAAGAUUAUUUUGUAUGGUAGAAUCCGACUUUGUUAUUAACGGAAGUGUCGCCGUGGAGUCCACAUGCUCUCAAUUUUCUUGUGUCUCUUGGAGCUGUUCGUCAUCUUUACGUAAAAAAGCGCGGGAAAUCGUAUCAUCAAUGACAGUGAUAUUACCGGAGAGUAACAAAUGUUAUGUAGUAAGGGAUCCUCAUAGAAACCAAGAUGGCGGUUUUACAAUGAAAACAAUCUUGAAAAAUGUGAAGGUCAGGAUUAUACAGUGCAAACACAAUAAAAGGUAGGACAGUAGUAUAUAUUUGGAUUGGAUUUUUAUUCCGCUAUUUGAAAAACAUGAUCCCGAGUAUAGGCAGUCGAUAUUUAAGAAAGUUUUGACAAAAAUCAUGUGCCAAUUUUAUGUGACGGUGACUAUAGAAAGUACUUCAAAUACAAUCUUGGUCCCUUGCUGUUACCCCAAAUAAGGUUGAUUUUCAUCAUGUGCAAAAAUGACUUAAGCCCUCAAAAUCCUUGCUUAAACCCUGUUAUACUUGUUUUUUCUCAUUUUUUCCUAAUUUUAGAGCUUUGUUAUACAAAAUGUAUAAUCUUAAGUUUCUGAAAUUUUAUAAAUGAUUACAAUUGAUAAAAAUAUAAAGCUCUUGUAGCAAAUUUAUCUGUUGUCCAAUUUUCUAGUAAAAACUUGAUUUAUGCAGUUUGGGAAAAUGUCUUCCAAUUUUUGUUAUCCAUUUUCAUGACUUAGAUUUUCUGGUUAAAUAUAAAGAUUUGGUCCUAAAUGUGGGUUUCAUUGGAGUCUAAGCGUGACACGAAAUUGGUUUUUUUUUUUUAUUGUGUGACAAGUGAAAGUCAAACUAUUGUACUGUGAAUUCAGGAACUGAAGUUUAGUGGGACAUGGUAAAUAACAAAAAAAUGAGAAUUGCUUACGUACAUAGUGUAAGCGGGAUAGGGGAAUCUGACAAAACAGUAAACGGGAUCUGGGAUCAGAACCCCCCUAAAUGUGUUGUGUUUUGCCAUCAUAUCAUUCAGUUUAUAUCUAGGGGGAGAUAAUUUGAGCAAAAGUGUAUAAUGUUAUAUGUACUUCAUUUAAAUGCUAAAUAGGCAAGUUUGAAAGAAAGUGUCACAGUAAAGCAUUAAACAGUUCAUCACAGAUAUCAUUUGAUGGAAAGACUAAUUUUAAGUAAAAUAAACCUGAAUUUCUGGCUUUAUGGAAAUUUAAAUGAGAUGAUAGAGUUAUGUAUAUUUGUUUUGUUUUUAUUUUCCAGGAGUUUCCAUUUGUUGGUGAUUUUAUCAUACUUUUGUGUACAUGUAACAUGAUUUGGUGUAUAUAAUUUGUUCUGUCAGAAAUAGGGAAUUAUACUAUCUUUCUUCCACAUACUAAAGUAACAUGUAUGUUAACUUUUUUGCACUUGUGCUGCAUCAUUGCUUAAUUUCGAAUGAGAUAUAUGUUUCUGUUAAUGGCACUGCAUGUAGAAAACAUUUUUACAGAUUACUUUUCUGAAGAUUUGGAUUGAGUAUUUUACUAUAAAAGAGUCUUAAAAUACUGGUACAAAUAUUUUCUAAUACUUUAUUUAUUUUCUAGUUGUAUCAUAAUUCAUUGUAACUUUGGAAAAUUAAUGUCUUGGUGUUUUGCUUAAAGUAAAGUGUUCAUUCAACUUGUAAUUACUUUUCCUUGUUUAAUAAGUGUGAACAAAAUAAUAAUGUUGCUGUUGAUUGUAGGUAUUGUAAAUAUAAAUGUCAUUUUAUGGAAUGCAUAGAGAAAAGGUGUAUUGUUUUAAAUGUGUGAAAUUCAUAAUUAUUUCCUACGAUUUUGAAUGUUGUCAAUGUGUGAGGUGAUAUUACAAUCAAAAUUAUUUUGCUCAUUGUUUACCAUUGUGGAAGCAGUAUUACUGUCAUAAGAAUAAAACCAAUGAAAGGAAUGUUAUUUGUGCAAUAUAAAGCCACUGCCAUUCUGUGGAGGGUACUGUUGAUUUUCAAAUAAAGUUAUUCAAUAUU